GGGAUAAAAAUAAUGAAUGUAUCACAGUCAAUUUCUGAAAUUAUUUGAUAUCUAUCUUACUUGAUAUUAAAAUCUUCUGUAUUAUCUCGUGAAGUAGGUCAUUUUAUUUUGUGAUGAUGAUUUUAUAAAAAGAGAGCAAUAUACAACAAAUCUAAAUUUUAACAAGUGUAUCUUUGAUAUGUACAUAUUUUAUCAGCUUAAAUUUCGUGUAGUAAUAUAAAUAAUUACUUAGUAGUGUUGUUAUGCCGGUAUUAAUACGUUGGUCUUACUGACAUUAUGAAUUAUGACACGUGUUAUGGAGAAACAACUAGAAGAUAAAUAAGGCAAAAAGAUUAUUAUGGAAAAUUUUGCUGUUAUAUAAAAGACUUCCCGACGUUGAUGACUCUCCACAAUGGUAAUAGUGACACGGGGUGAUUAUAUAUGGAUCGAACCAACUUCAGGCGGAGAAUUCGACGUGGCGAUUGGAGCAUGUGUGGUAUCAGCUGAAGGUAGAAGAAUAGCUGUUCGAGAUGAUGAUGGUAAUGAACAUUGGUUAUCACCAGAAAGACGCAUCAAGGCGAUGCAUACUACUUCUAUACAUGGGGUUGAAGACAUGAUUGGUUUAGGUGAUCUUCAUGAGGCAGGAAUCCUAAGGAAUCUUCUAAUUCGGUACAACGAGAAUCUCAUUUAUACAUACACUGGUUCAAUUUUAGUAGCAGUAAAUCCAUAUCAAAUACUCCCAAUUUACACUGCCGACCAAAUCAAAUUAUAUAAGGAACGAAAAAUUGGCGAAUUACCACCACAUAUUUUUGCCAUUGGUGAUAAUUCAUAUGGACAUAUGAGGAGGUAUGGUCAAGAUCAAUGUAUAGUCAUAUCAGGUGAAUCUGGUGCAGGAAAAACUGAAAGUACAAAGUUAAUUCUCCAAUAUCUAGCUGCCAUUAGUGGUAAACAUUCUUGGAUAGAGCAACAAAUUCUUGAAGCUAAUCCUAUUUUAGAAGCGUUUGGAAACGCCAAAACGGUGCGAAAUGACAACAGCUCCAGAUUCGGAAAGUACAUUGAUAUUCAUUUUAAUAAAGAUGGAGUUAUAGAAGGAGCCAAAAUAGAACAAUACCUGUUAGAAAAAAGUCGAAUAGUAUCACAAAAUCCGGAUGAACGAAAUUAUCAUGUGUUUUAUUGCAUUUUGGCUGGAUUGGGGAAAGAUGAUAAAAAAAAGUUGGAGUUGGGAGAUGCCAGUCAAUAUCGAUAUUUAACUGGGGGUGGUUGCAUAACUUGUGAAGGAAGGGAUGACCAUGCAGAAUUUGCUGAUAUCAGAAGUGCAAUGAAAGUACUUUUAUUCUCAGAUUCAGAAAUAUGGGAGAUUAUGAAAUUGCUGGCAGCCAUCCUACACAUUGGAAACAUAAGGUAUAAAGCAACUGUUGUAGACAAUUUAGAUGCCACAGAGAUCCCUGAUCCUACCAAUGUUUUAAGAGUGGCUAAUUUAUUGGGAGUACCUACACAAUUACUUAUAGAUGCUCUCACUAGAAAAACUCUGUUUGCUCAUGGAGAAACUGUAGUUUCUACUUUAUCCAGAGACCAAAGUGUUGAUGUAAGAGAUGCCUUUGUAAAAGGUAUAUAUGGAAGAUUGUUUAUACAUAUAGUCAAAAAAAUUAAUAAAGCCAUUUAUAAGCCCAAAGAAAGACAAAGAAGUUCGAUUGGAGUACUGGACAUAUUUGGAUUUGAAAAUUUUGAUCACAACAGCUUCGAACAAUUUUGUAUAAAUUUUGCAAAUGAGAAUCUUCAACAAUUUUUUGUUAGGCAUAUAUUUAAAUUAGAACAAGAGGAGUAUAAUCUGGAAGGAAUUAAUUGGCAGCAUAUAGAGUUUGUUGAUAACCAAGAUGCCUUGGAUUUAAUUGCUAUAAAACAACUGAACAUUAUGGCACUUAUAGAUGAAGAAAGUAAAUUUCCUAAAGGGACAGACCAAACAUUUUUGGCUAAGUUACAUAAACAGCAUGGAAGACACAGAAAUUAUCUAAAACCUAGAUCUGAUAUUAAUACUAGUUUUGGCUUGAAUCAUUUUGCAGGGAUAGUCUUUUAUGACACAAGAGGUUUCUUAGAAAAAAAUAGAGAUACUUUCAGUCCUGAUUUACUACAACUUAUCACAAUAAGUGGAAAUAAGUUUCUUCAACAAAUAUUUGCUGAAGAUAUUGGCAUGGGAUCAGAAACAAGAAAGAGGGCACCUACAUUAUCCACUCAAUUUAAAAAGAGCUUAGACUCAUUGAUGAGGACUCUAUCUAAUUGUCAACCUUUCUUCAUACGGUGUAUAAAACCUAACGAGUUUAAGAAACCUAUGUUAUUUGAUAGAACCUUGUGUUGUAGACAGUUGAGAUAUUCUGGUAUGAUGGAAACUAUCAGAAUAAGGAGAGCUGGAUAUCCUAUAAGGCAUAGCUUUGCCGAAUUUGUUGAAAGAUAUAGAUUUCUCAUUCCGGGGGUACCCCCUGCACACAAGACUGAUUGCAGAAAUGCAACUUCUCGAAUUUGUUCGGUAGUUUUAGGAAAAUCUGAUUAUCAACUAGGUCACAAUAAAGUUUUUCUAAAAGAUGCCCAUGAUCUAUACCUCGAACAAGAGAGAGAUAGAGUUCUUACUAAAAAAAUUCUCAUUCUACAAAGGUCGAUUCGUGGAUGGGUGUACAGAAGACGUUUUCUUCGACUGAAAGCUGCUACAAUAAUAAUUCAAAAAUAUUGGAAAGCUUAUAUCCAAAGACAACGAUAUAAAAAAAUGCGAUUGGGUUACAUGCGUUUACAAGCACUAAUCCGUGCCAGAGUUCUUUCUAACAGAUUUAGACAUUUAAGAGGACAUGUUGUUGGAUUACAAGCACACUCCAGGGGAUAUUUGGUAAGACGAGAAUAUGGUUAUAAAAUGUGGGCAAUUCUUAAGAUACAGUCGCAUGUAAGACGAAUGAUAGCGCAGAGAAGGUAUAAGAAGAUUAAAUUUGAACAUAAACGACAUAUAGAAGCGCUGAGGUUGAAAAAGAAAGAAGAAAGAGAGUUGAAAGAUGCUGGAAAUAAACGAGCAAAAGAAAUUGCAGAGCAACACUACAGAGAGCGAAUAUACCAACUCGAAAAAAAAGAAAUGGAAUUGGAAAUGGAAGAAAGAAAACUAGUUGAAGAAAAGAAAAAUAAAAUCAAUGAGGCGGCUAGAAAAGCUGAUGAACCUGUGGACGAUUCUAAAUUAGUUGAAGCAAUGUUUGACUUUUUGCCUGAUAGCUCUAGUGAAGCACCCACACCAGGAAGAGAAACAUCUGUUUUCAAUGAUUUACCAAAUAGACCUGCUGAAAAUGAAAUAAUCAGUCCAUUAGCAACAGCUUCGGAUGAUGAAGAAGACCUAAGCGAAUUUAAAUUCCAAAAGUUUGCAGCUACUUACUUCCAAGGAAAUGUUGGACAUCAGUAUUCUAGGAAACCUCUAAAACAUCCUCUACUACCUCUACAUACACAAGGAGAUCAAUUGGCAGCUCAAGCUUUGUGGAUAACAAUAUUACGCUUUACUGGAGAUCUUCCAGAACCACGAUAUCAUACAAUGGACAGAGAUACUACAUCAGUCAUGUCAAAAGUAACAGCUACUCUGGGUCGAAACUUCAUACGCAGUAAAGAAUUCCAAGAAGCCCAACUUAUGGGCUUAGAUCCAGAUUCGUAUCUAAAACAGAAACCAAGGUCAAUUAGAAAUAAAUUGGUGUCUUUAACUUUGAAAAGAAAAAACAAAUUAGGAGAAGAUGUUAGAAGGAAGUUACAAGAUGAAGAGUAUACAGCUGAUAGUUACCAAUCAUGGCUGGAAACGAGGCCAACAAGCAAUUUGGAAAAGUUACAUUUCAUUAUUGGGCAUGGUAUACUUAGAGCUGAACUUAGAGAUGAAGUGUAUUGUCAGAUAUGUAAACAACUCACCAAUAAUCCUUCCAAAUCAUCUCAUGCACGUGGUUGGAUUCUACUAUCUUUGUGUGUUGGCUGUUUUGCACCAUCUGAAAAAUUUGUCAGCUAUUUAAGAGCAUUUAUAAGAGAAGGUCCUCCUGGCUAUGCACCUUAUUGUGAAGAUCGCCUCAAACGAACGUUUAAUAAUGGUACCAGAAACCAACCACCUAGUUGGCUAGAACUUCAAGCUACUAAAUCGAAAAAACCAAUCAUGCUUCCCAUUACUUUCAUGGAUGGAAACACCAAAACUUUAUUAGCUGAUUCAGCUACUACUGCUCGAGAACUUUGUAACCAAUUAUCAGAUAAAAUCAGCUUGAAGGAUCAAUUUGGAUUUUCGUUAUAUAUUGCUCUUUUUGAUAAAGUUUCUUCAUUGGGUAGUGGAGGAGACCAUGUUAUGGACGCCAUAUCACAGUGUGAGCAAUAUGCAAAAGAACAAGGAGCUCAAGAAAGAAACGCCCCUUGGAGGUUAUUUUUCCGCAAGGAGAUCUUUGCACCAUGGCAUGAGCCAACAGAAGACCAAGUAGCAACUAAUUUGAUUUAUCAACAAGUUGUACGUGGAGUCAAAUUUGGAGAAUAUAGGUGUGAUAAAGAGGAAGAUUUAGCCAUGAUAGCAGCCCAGCAGUAUUACAUAGAAUAUAGUAGUGAUAUGAAUGUCGAAAGAUUGUUAACUUUAUUGCCAAAUUACAUUCCAGACUACUGUUUAACAGGUGUGGAAAAGGCAGUCGAUAGAUGGGCAGCUCUAGUAGUACAGGCAUAUAAGAAAAGUUAUUAUGUGAAAGAAAAGGUUCAAUCUUUAAAAGUCAAAGAAGAUGUAGUAAGCUAUGCAAAAUUCAAAUGGCCGUUAUUAUUUUCAAGAUUCUAUGAAGCUUAUAGAAACUCGGGACCAAAUCUUCCUAAAAACGAUGUGAUAAUAGCCGUUAAUUGGACGGGAGUCUACGUUGUAGAUGAUCAAGAGCAAGUUUUAUUGGAAUUAUCUUUCCCCGAAAUAACUACUGUCUCCAGCCAAAAAACGAAUAAGGUGUUCACACAAACGUUUAGUUUAAAUACUGUCAGAGGUGAAGAAUUCACAUUCCAAAGUCCAAAUGCAGAGGAUAUAAGGGAUUUGGUUGUCUAUUUCUUAGAAGGUCUAAAAAAGAGAUCAAAGUUUGUAAUUGCUUUACAAGAUUACAAAGCGCCAGGAGAAGGCUCCAGUUUUCUAACAUUUAUGAAAGGAGAUUUGAUAAUUCUGGAAGAAGACAGUACUGGUGAAACGGUUUUAAAUUCUGGUUGGUGUGUGGGAAGAUGUGAAAGAACGCAGGAAAAAGGAGAUUUUCCAGCAGAAACAGUAUAUGUUUUGCCGUGCAUGUCCAAACCACCUAAUGAUAUUUUACAACUAUUUUCAGUUGAAGGAGCAGAACAUGGCCGAAGAUUGAGCCAACAAUACUCAGUAAACGGAACAGAGACUCGAGAUCGUCCACAUACUUUAGCAGAAUAUGCCAUCGAUCAUUUUCGUCCACCCAUUAAAAGAACAAUGUCCAAAGCCCUCACACUUACCGCAAAUCGGAGAGGAAAUGAUGACUUGUGGAGACAUUCGCGAGAUCCUAUCAAACAGCCACUUUUGAAGAAAUUAUUAAUGAAGGAAGAGUUAGCAGAAGAGGCAUGCUUUGCAUUCACAGCUAUUUUGAAAUAUAUGGGAGAUUUACCAUCAAAAAGACCAAGGCUGGGAAAUGAAUAUACUGAUCAUAUCUUUGACGGACCUCUGAAACAUGAAAUUCUAAGGGAUGAAAUCUAUUGCCAAAUUAUGAAACAACUAACGGACAACAGAAAUAGAUUAUCAGAAGAACGGGGCUGGGAAUUAAUGUGGUUGGCUACAGGAUUAUUCAGUUGCUCCCAAAGCCUUCUCAAAGAACUUACCUUAUUCCUCAGAAGCAGGCGACAUCCUAUCUCCUUAGAUUCACUUCAAAGGUUACAAAAGACAUUAAGACAUGGCCAAAGGAAAUAUCCUCCACAUCAAGUGGAAGUGGAAGCUAUUCAACAUAUGACCACUCAAAUUUUCCAUAAAGUUUAUUUUCCUGAUGACACAGAUGAAGCUUUUGAAGUUGAUUCUAGUACAAGAGCUAAAGAUUUCUGUCAAAAUAUUAGUCAAAGACUGAGUCUGAGAUCUAGUGAAGGCUUCAGUUUGUUUGUUAAAAUUGCAGAUAAGGUUAUUUCGGUUCCUGAAGGUGACUUUUUCUUCGAUUUUGUUCGGCACUUAACAGAUUGGAUCCGUAAAGCUCGCCCAACUAGAGACGGCAUUACUCCGCAAUUUUCUUAUCAAGUAUUUUUCAUGAAAAAACUGUGGACCAAUACCGUACCGGGUAAAGACAAAAAUGCUGAUUUAAUAUUUCAUUUCCAUCAAGAACUACCUAAAUUGAUAAGAGGAUAUCAUAAGUGUUCUAAGGAAGAGGCUUGUAAAUUAGCUGCGUUGGUAUACAGAGUGAGGUUUGGAGAGAGUAAACAAGAAUUGCAAGCCAUACCACAAAUGUUGAGAGAACUUAUUCCAGCCGAUCUAAUCAAACUUCAAAGUGCAAAUGAUUGGAAACGAUCAAUAGUAGCAGCAUAUAACCAAGAUGCAGGAAUGAGUCCUGAAGAUGCUAAAAUAACAUUCCUCAAAAUAGUGUAUCGUUGGCCUACGUUUGGGUCUGCAUUUUUUGAAGUGAAGCAAACCACUGAUCCAAAUUAUCCUGAAAUGCUCCUUAUAGCCAUUAACAAGCAUGGAGUUAGUCUUAUUCAUCCACAGUCAAAAGAAAUUUUGGUUACUCACCCAUUCACAAGAAUAUCGAACUGGUCAUCAGGUAACACUUAUUUUCAUAUGACCAUCGGAAAUUUGGUCAGAGGAUCAAAACUGUUAUGUGAAACAUCUUUAGGCUACAAAAUGGACGAUUUAUUGACAUCCUAUAUUUCGCUCAUGCUAACAAACAUGAAUAAACAAAGAAGUAUUAGAAUUAAGUGAUUUUUCAGUCAUGAAAAUUAAAACAGAGAUUGAAGUUGUAAAAAUAUACUCCAUUAAAAAUGUAAAAUGUAUCAGUUGUAAAUAAGUAUAUAUGAACAUACUGCUGAAAUUACAAUUAUUAAAAAUAAUUUAAAAUUACUAGGUACAUUAAAUACUUUCCUUGACAAAUUGAAAUCAUCAUUGUUAUUGCUAAAUAGAUUAAAAAAUUAGUUGUCUUUGAAAAAGAGAAAAUAUCUCAGAAAUCAAGUUUUGAACAUGCAGAUACAAACCUAUUCCAUUGCAGUUUUCAUUCUCUAGAUGGGAAUAAUCUGUCUUCCACUGAAAAACACAACGCCAUGUAGAGGUUAUUUAUUAUUUCAAAAGCAUUCAAGAUUGGCUGUCACUAAACUGUGUGGUAUUCGUAGAGUCAAGAAGUCUAAUGGGUGGAAUAGCACACUGUUAUCUUUUCUGUUUGUUCAACAAGAAACAAUUACUAUAUGAAUUCUUCCUCACACUUCUUGUUCUCCAUUGUUUCCAUAGAGUAAAUUAUUGUGAUAUCUUUGUUGAAAUUGUUAAUAUAACUUUCUUAUAAACACAUGCAUAUUUUUCAGAUUUUACUGUUUCGUGCGUAUAUUGAAAGACAAUAAAUGAUAUUUUUAA